GAAAGCUGCACAUUGCUGCCUUGCAUGUGUUUGCUUGCUCGAACCGUGCGCGAAGUGAGUGGCACAGUAAACGUAAACAACGUGAGUUUCGUUGUCGCCUGCUUACCUUUAGACUUUGUCUGAAAAGGUUGACUCUAAUGGAAGACAGUGAUUGACCCUUAUAGAAAUUAUGGCUUCACCCAACGUGACCAGAGCCACCACUUCUACAACCACACUUUCUACCUCAGCAAGCUCGACAACAUGUACGACGAGCCCCCCCACAACUAAAGCACGUAAAUCUACAACAACGAGCGAUACAAACACCGAACAUUCUUAUUCAUCGAGCAUAGCAAAUCUGGAAUCCCUCUCCUCGAAGGAAAAGCGUUUCCAUUUCUUGAAAAUCAAAUGCGAUAGAAUACGGCAUUUUAUCUUGCAGGGCCGGGCACCUCCUGGGUUAAGCAGGGGUGAGAUGAGAAACCUCAGAAACCAAGCCAAAGUGCACAUCUUAGAUCGAGCGAAGGAAACGUUAUAUUACACUGGAGGCAAAGUGGACAUCAAGAAGCGAGUUGUGACAGAUAUGGAGGAAGUAAACGACAUCAUGAAACACUGUCACACCAAUAACCCGGCAGGUGGUCACAGUGGCAUCAAUGGCACACUGACCAAAAUAUCACAACACUACACGUGGAAUGGCAUGAAAGAAGAUGUCUCCAACUUUGUCAGUUCUUGUGAGCGUUGCAAAGGAGGAGACCGGGCUAAGAACAGGGCUCCCCUGGCCAAGACGAUGAAGCUGAAAUUGACUCAGGCCCUUGAAGUUGUGGGAAUGAGUUUCAUAGGUCCCCUUCCAGCAUCAAACGAAGGCUGCAAGUUUGUCCUAGCUUUCACUGACUACUACACCAAGUUUGUGGACUUCUUCCCUCUGAAGACCAAAUCAAUUACAGGUGUGACAUGGUGCAUAAAAACUUACAUCUACAGAUGGGGAACACCAAAAAGUUUACUGCUCAGCCAAGACGAAGAUUAUAUCACACAGCUCAACACAGAGAUUGGCAAAUCCUUAAACUUCCCUGGCUUGAUAGUGACCAGCUCAGACCAUCCACAGACCAGCAGCUUGAGUGAGCGCACCAGCCAGAUGCUGACCACCCACCUAAACCAGUUGGUCACUGAGAAGCCUGACAACUGGGCACGUAAUUUGGAGGAGCUAGCAUACUCCAUACGCACCCAGGAACAGACCCCCACCAAAUCUUCCCCCUUCUUUCUCAUGUUUGGUCGCCACCCCCGCUCAUCAGCUGAGAUGGAAUCUAUCACUGAUUUAAUGAGCAUGGAUGUUGCAGACCAUGGUAACACAGUCGAACCCUCAAGAAGAGGGGCUGAAUUUUCUCAGAGAUCUGCACACCUUACCCAGUUGGAUGAUGAAUUCAGGAGUCACUGGAAGGGGACCUGCCUAGAUUCUGCCUACCAAAUUCUACAGAUGGCAGACUAUGAAAACCUGAAGUUUAGGACUGAGACCACUGAAGACAAUGAAUACAUGGUGAUCACGAAAAUAGGCACAUUUGGUGUAGUUGGCCUGCCAACUGACCUGGCUAGCCUAACGCUGGACCGCCAUGGUAAACUGACCUAUCAAGCAGUGUAUCAACAGGCUGUGGAACACCGGCUCUUUGACGGAGAAGCAUUCGAUGUGGCUACGUUCUGUGGCCUACUGCGCAAAUUGACGCGAACACGAUUCUGCAGGGGUAUCCCUGAAGCUCACAUUGCGGACGGUGACAUGCACUGUGUCAAGACGUUGGGCUAUCCUGUGCUGCGUUACCAGGCCGAGAAGUGCCAGAUUUUCUAUGAACAGAGUGGCAGUAGCAACACUAAUAGUGAAAGUAACAAUAGCCGCACGCCAUACCGCUGCGUCAGCUGCAAAUAUGCCAGCAAAUUUUUGCUAAAGAAAAACAAACUGGCAAAACACCCUGUCCAAAACAGGAGAGAACUGAAAAGACCGCUGCCCAUGGCUGAUUUUUACUCGGAGGUUACGCCAAGAGGGUCAAGUGAAUGGAUUGACAGGAGUAAAGACAGAUGUCCACAGCCUGGGGGGAAUGUACUCCCUGAUCCGAUGAACACCAGACCCCAUGUGGGUACACUUGCCAACAAUGACUGCCAUGAUUUCCGGGAUAUUGUCCAAGCGAUAAACAGUGAAUGCAAUGUUGACCUCAGUGAUGUAGUGUUUAACUCGCCCACACACGUUAACAGUGUGGAGAGAUUGCCAAGUGAUAUCCGCUGACCAAAUUAUCAUGACCAAAAAUAGUAUUUCAAAUUCAAACAUCUCAAAGGAUUGCAUGAAUUUUGGCAGAAAAUAGUAGUGUCCUUUAUUUCUUUUUCCAGUCAUGUAUGGCAUCAGUAAAAUUUCAUUUUCUUUCAAUGCAUACGCUUGUCUCUGUGAUUUUAGUAAAUCUACGGGUGUAUAUAUCGUAUGCCUGUAAUAACAAUCAUCACAAUAUGAUAUACACAAAAUUCCAUGAUGUCAAAUGAAACUUUAACUCAGUUGUCAUGACCAAAGCUACAUGCAUUUACUUUAUUUGAAAAAGCUUUUUGACUGGCAAUUAUGACUGUUACACAGUUCAUUGAAAAAAGUUCUUGGUAGAGGCUCAGCUUACAUUCAGUCAUCUUCAAGUCAUCUCAAACCCCAAUGUUUCCUCCAAAGCAUGUUACUGAUGUUGAAUUUCUGUCAAGUGAGGGGUUGAUUUUGUUCAACUUAUGAGAGGAAAAAUCUUAAUGAUGACCUUUCUGUAUGGACCGGUGUUAACCUUCACCUUCCCAAUCCUCUAGGAGAUUAGGGAAUUCUGGAGAAUUGCAGAAGAUAAAGCUUGAUGCCCCUUCACCGUUGAAAAUGAAAAAUAUGUACGCAAAAUGGCUGAUUCUGAAAGUAUUGGAACAUUUCUUAGUGAAGAUGUGAAGAGUGCUUGUCAUCAGUGGUUUAUCUACAUGUAUCUAUUUUUUAACAACUCAAGUCAUAUCUCAGGUCACUUUCGAAAUGUUGUUAAAUUAUUUCCCGCACCCAUACAGUGGCAUACAUGAACCUCUGAAUUUGAGUUGAACAAAAACCUUUCAUUUGACAACAAAAUUACAUGUCGCUCACUUGCCUUGGAUAAAAACUUUGGACUUGAAAUAUCUGUCAAGUUACUUGCUCACAGCACUCACGCUAGACAGCAAUUAUUUUGGUGUACCUUCCUGUUGUAUUGUAUAAGUAAAUCUAAAAGACAGAAGCGCAUUUCUAUUAUGUUGCCCAGUGCAUUUCAAUUAUAUGUUAUACUACCCUGUAUUUACAUUCCAAAGUUUCUACAUGCUGAACCUACAUUGACAGAUCUGGAGGUCAGAGGCAGUGAGGGCCAUGCCACACCUUCAAGAAAAAAAUUAGGAUUCAUGGAAACAUGAUGAAAAGGUGAUUUGAAAUUUCAUUGCCAUACAUUCCCAAAUUAUGUAACAAGCCCUCACAUUGUGGGCCCAUCCUUCAGAAAGGACAUAAAACGUGACGUAAAAAACUCAGACCCCUCCCCCAAAGAGUGAGGCAGAAGCUGUAUAUAUAUUUAUCCUCUUGUAAGAUAUAUGUUAUGUUUUCCCCUUCAACCAAAAAAGUAGUUGUGGAUCCAUCCUUGUGUGCAUGCAGCUUAUUUCAAGCAGAAUAAAGUUUUAUCUAUUCAAAGUUUACUGGA